AUGUCUGGGGAUCAGGCACCCUCGCAGCUCGAAGCUGCCGAGGGCAUUCCCAUCGCGCAAUUGAGCCCCGACGUUUCGGAUGCCAAGACGCGCGUCGUGCGCGGUGUUGUCACGAUUACCUGGCCGUACAGCAUCAUCAACAAAAACGUCGCCUUCCUGCUUGCCGAACCCGACUUCAGAUUGCGCCGCGCGAAGGGCCAAGUGCGCGUCGAGUUCAGCGGAUCGAGUGCCAAGGCGGUUCAAGAUGCCGGAUUGGGAAGCGGCGAUGAGGUGACGCUCAGUUUGGAUGGAGUCGAAAUGGUCGCCGAUGAUUCCAAGACGCGCGUGCCAGGCACGAGCCUCGAAUGGCAGUUGAAGUUCACUGAGAGACUGCUGCUGCGGGCCAAGAUUAGCGACUCGGAGGAAAUCAAAGUUAUCGAUAUCGAUCAUCCUGCAAUCACCGAACCAGAGCCCCAACCCGAGCCAGAAAAGCUUCCAGAAUCUAUCCUCGACUCCUUCACGGAGCCCGCGAAGCCCCACGAACCCGUCGCAACACCGCGAAACCCUCCCACGAAGAGACCUGCCGAGCAAAGUCUUGGAUUAGACGAGUAUGCCUCGCCCGCAUUUCUCAAGCGCGCUAGGAUGUCAUACGGAUCUCUGUUUGAAUACAACUCAGACAUUUUCGACGAAGACACCUCAGCCAAUGCUCGCACAAAAAAGCGAGCAAAGACCGGCAGGUACAGCGGAGUGUGGAGAUACGCCAGCAAAUCUCCCAGCCCUGAACCCGAGCAGGUUGAAGAUGACGAUACAGAUGACACGUCAAUGGCAGAUGAGAAGCCGGAGACGGAUACACCUGUGCGGCCGAAGAUGGUUGAUGGAGGGUGUCAGACUAUGGAAUUGGAUACGAGCCCCCCAAGAGACGUCCAAGUUGCGGCAGAGGCCAGGCACGACCCAUCUCAGUUUUUGCAGACCCCCACGAAGUCGACCAUGAUUGACUCCGGGGUGCAGUCGGACUUGCCUGGCCUAGCGGAAACGCCCCAUUUUGGAAUGCCGGCGGGCUUGAGCGGCGAUUUUGGACAGCCACCACCGAUGCCCAUAUUUACAUCUGCUCAUGAGCACUACACGCCGGCAUACGAGCAGCAGCCUGUUGGUCCGGACCUUGGUCAUGACGUCCACCACGGUAGCAUGGGACCGCAAUACCAUGCGGAAAGUCCCUUCCAUGAGCAUGCGAGCUCGUACCCGGAAGCAGCACUCGAUGACGGUCUUGAGGCUCCCGCACAAUACCCUGCGUCUUUCCUUGAUACUCCACAGUUUGACCCGCAUCUCAUGGUCACAUCUCAGUCUAUGCCUGAGUCGACGCCAGCUUAUCAUGAUCACCAUACGCCACAACCACAUGUAUCCGAGCCCGAGCACCAUACCACUUUCGUCGAUGCUGUUGCAGAGCCGCAGCAGAUCCCAUGGGGUCUCACGUCGAUGCAGCAACCCAGGCCAGUCGCAGAGCCAGCAGACAAUGCUGCUUCGACCUUCGACCCGGCUGUUAGCAAGGAGGAGGUGGUGAAUACGGAACAGGAAUUAGGCACUCAAGCUGUGCCAAGUGAUACUUGGGCUGAGGAUCAUGAACUGCAAACAAAAGAGCACCACGAAGACCCUGAGGGCAAGCAGGCGGCCAUGACGGUUGAGGACGACGAGCUCUCGGAAGACGAGGAUGGUCCUGAAGAAGAAUUCACUGCCAGGACGUAUGCUGAGAGACAUUUCGAACCAGCAAAAGAGAAAGAAGAGGCCGCCGCUGGCUUGGAGAAUGCACCGGCGAGCAGUGAGAGCAGCGACGGCAGCGAAGACAGCGAUGAGGAAGCCGAGCACGAAGAGGAUGAUGUUGGUGGAGACUACGACAUCACCAACUAUCGCAACCUCAGCAAUAACCAGGAUGACGACGAUGGAUCAGAUCUCGAGUCUGACUAUGGUCAAGAAGACGAAGAAGAGAUGUUCGAUGCCGACGUCCAAGGCGACGAGGAUGAUGAAAUGGACGAGGACGCGGAAAACUACGGAGAGUACGAUGAGUACGAAGAAGAAGGAGAUUAUGAUGAAGACGAGGAUCAGGAGAACCAGCCGCCACCUGCAACUGUGCCAAGGGGCGCCCCUCAGGUGAUCAGUUUGCUGUCAGACUCAGAGGACGAGGAAGAGGACGCGCCGCCUCCUAUGCCGAAAGCAUCGAUACGGCAAAUGCCUCAAUACGACGGGUCCGCCGACGAGAUGGACAGAUCCGAAGAUGAGGAAGAAAGCGAUAAAGAGAACGUUCGCCAUGAGCCAGUGCAACAGAACUCAUCGCCAGUGGUGUCGGAUGUGGAGAGCGAAGAGGAUGAGGCGUCUGGCAGCGAAUCUGAAGGCGGUACCCCUACUCCCAAACCGCGGGAGAUCACAAGCAACCCUGGUUCAACCCGCAGUGUUGAUGCAUCUUCUCCGGCCGCCAUGCAUGACCCUGCGGAUAUGACAACGGCCACCGUUGCUGACGACCUGGAGACCAUGAGUCCGAUUCGUCUGCCACAGUCAACAGAGCUUCCCAAGGACAGUAGUUCCCGGCCAGCCUCACGAGACGAUUCCGAGAUGUUGGAGGCAGAACUUGAACAAGAGCUGGAGCAAGAAAUUGCGGCCGAUGCCGCUUUCGACGACAGCAAGAUACCAGAUGAACCGGAGGUUUUGACAGAACAGGUCUCUGAGGUUCCAACCGAAGAUCAAGCCGUCCCGGCUGAAGAAGAAAUCGUCUCGACCGAAGAAAAAUCUGUUUUGGUCGAGGAGCAAGCUGUUCCGACCGAAGUACAAGCUGCCUCAGCCGAAGACGAAAUUGCCGAAACCGAAGAACAAGCUGCCUUGACUGAAAAACCGGCUCAAGUGAUUGCGAGCGAAGUUCUGGACACAACGGUAUCUGAAGUCAAAGUGGAAAGCGAAGUCCGGACGGAAGAGGUCAGAAAUAUACCCCAGGAAUCGAGUCUUGUCGAGGUAGAUGUGAAGCCUGCCGACGGCGUCGUCCCUGAGGAGAUGGACAUUAACAUGGCCGACGCAGACGAGAAGCCAGUUGACGAGUCCGAUAUCAGAGAGCAGUCUGAAGAUCCCAGAAUGGACGUCGCAAAGACGCCAGAGCCUUUAUUAGAAGAGAUGAUGGACGAAGAAGAUCUCAUCCAGAGUCAACUUGCAGACGAAACAAUGGCGGAAGAGAGAACGCUUGUCAUUGAGACAACUGAGACGAUAUCACAACACGAAGUCCCGGCGAACGAACUAGAAGAGACGUCAUCACCUAUGAGCUCGCCAAUCGUCCAGAUCACAGAAAGAUUACAGGUCGAGAUCACGUCGUCGACGGCCGAUACACCAGCAGCCACCCAGCAGGAGGAUGAAGGCGUUCCCAAGCUUGAUCUGGAAGACGCCAUGGACGUGGAUGAGCCUGAAGCCAAGCAGCAGGAGAUGGCUUCGCCUCCUCCCACACAGAACCUAUCUCAGUCAUUCGAGGAAGAAAGGCUGGCCGAGACGCACGUUUCUCAAGGCGCCGAUGGAGAUGAUGUCGCGCAGUUCGACCAGCUGCCAACUCCGCGCGAGACACAAGUCACGGAAUCAUUCGUCUCCCAGUCCGUGGUCGAGACUCAACAGACGGAAGAAGUAAUCGCCGACGCAGCUUCCCCGGAUGCGACGAACGAUGUUCGUCCAGAUGAGGAGCUUCCCGCUCCCACAGUGGAAAACCCGGAGAACCCUGCCGACCCAAGUUCACCUAUCAACGAAGAGUCAUCUCAAAUCCGAGACUCCUCGGCGCAACCGUCCGAAGCGCAGUCGUCUCUUAUCGCCGAGGAGGCUUCGGAGGAGGCGGGCAACGCGCAGCCAACUCCGAAGCGAGGGCGCGGACACCGAAGAAACAAGUCAGAUAACAAGGAUCCCGAUCCUAGCGUCAAGCUGGCCCGUGCAUCAAUCGCAUCACGACGUUCGACGCGCCUGUCAGACCGCACCACCCCUGAAAGCACUCGCGUUGCAACCCGCGCCAGGUCGCAAAGCCUAGCCUUGCGAAGCGAAUCCGCUGAUGAUGGCGAAGACGAAGGUGUGCAGUUGGCCAGGGCCGCGAUCAAGUCACCGUCGCGAGCCACCAAGGAGACCACCAAGGAAACCAAAGAGGAAGUUCCUGCGACGACGACCGACACCACGGCCUCGCUGAAGACGAAAUUGGCCAAGCAGCUGCAGAAGGUACCGGACUGCAUAUCGCUCAAGGUGCUCCGCAACCACACGAACAAGAACGUCGACGUACUCGCGAUCGUGACGACAGAGCCGCCCGAGGCUAAGCGCGCCAAGGGUGGGCCGCGGGGUAUCAUGCUGGCGUUCAACGUCGCGGAUCACUCCGUGGCGCCCACGCAGACGGCGCCGGUGCAGAUUUUCCGGCCACACAAGGCGGCGCUGCCAGUCGUGCACCCGGGGGACGCCAUCCUGCUGCGGCACGUCUGCAUCCAGUCGGUCAAGGGCCGCGGGUUCGGGCUCCGCGCCAACGACGCCUCGAGCUGGGCCGUAUUCGAGCGCGACGGCGAGGACGGCCUGCCGCAGAUCCGCGGACCGCCGGUGGAGCUCACCGAGGAGGAGAUGAAGUAUGCGGCUCUGCUCAAGCAGUGGUACGCCGGGCUCGACGCGAAGACGCUGGCCAAGUUUGACAAGGCCAACGAUGCGGACGCUUAG